CAUAAAUCGGCGGGCAUAAAGUGCCAUUAAAAAUUAUCUGAAUAUUCUUGCGAAUCGGAUAUAUAAGCAGGUAACGCGCUAUCCAAACUCUAGUCGUGUUCUGGAGUAGUUCUCAGCCGCAGCAACAGGAGCAUUACAAAUGGGUGACACGGAAAAAUCUCAAGUCUCUUAUGAGCGCAUUGAAGAUGGCGUCAAAGUGAAGCCACGGCAGCAGGACAAACAGGAGGAGAAAAGCUCCACGGGUCCUUGGUACUUGGCCAGCGGUUUUCUGAUCUUCUGGCUGCUGCUCUUCUCUGCCGUGGUGGUGCCGCUCUUCUACCGCCUGCCCACGGCAUCGACCCUCGAGGAUGUCGCCAAGGGAGGAUUCAUUGCGGAACGAGCCUACAACAAUCUCUACGAGUUCGACAAAAUCGGCACCAAGGUGACGGGCAGCGAUGGCAAUGAGAACAAAACCGUGCAGUUCCUGCUCCAGGAACUAGCGCUGAUCCAAGCGAAUGUGCUUGUGGACUACUUUGACCUUGAGAUCGAUGUGCAGGUUACCUCCGGAUCGUACCUCAAGUCCGAUGCCAUCUACAUGUAUCGCGCGGUGCAGAAUAUCGUUGUGAAGCUCAGUCCCAAGAGCUCGACCAGCAACACCUACCUGCUGGUCAACAGUCACUUUGACUCGAAGCCCACCAGUCCCUCGGCAGGCGAUGCAGGCCACAUGGUUGUGUCCAUCCUGGAGGUCAUUCGAGUGCUGUCCACCACCAAACAGAGCUUUGAGCAUCCAAUUGUGUUCCUGCUCAACGGAGCUGAGGAGAAAUCGCUGCUGGCCUCGCAUGGAUUCAUUACGCAGCACAAGUGGGCCAAGUUCUGCAAAGUUGUUGUCAAUCUGGAUGCUGCGGGCAGCGGUAGCCGUGAGAUUCUCUUCCAGACUGGACCCAACAAUCCCUGGAUCGUGGAUUACUACAAGAAGUACGCCCUGCAUCCAUUUGCCACCACCAUGGCUGAGGAAAUCUUUCAAACGGGCAUCGUACCCUCGGACACGGAUUUCCGCAUUUUCACCAAAUAUGCUGAUCUCAUAGGUCUGGAUCUGGGUCAGUGCGUCAAUGGGUUUGUGUAUCACACCAGAUACGAUCGCAUUGACGUCAUUCCGCGCGCUGCACUGCAGAACACCGGCAACAAUGUGCUUGGCCUUGUCCGAGGUCUGUCCAAUUCCACGGAGCUGCGUAACCCCCAGCAACAUGCAGCCGGACAUGCCGUCUUCUUCGAUGUCUUGGGUCUGUACUUUGUCAGGUACUCGGAGAGCAAUGGAGUGAUCCUCAAUUAUGUUGUGGCUGGAGCUACGCUCCUGCUGAUCCUCGUGUCCCUGUGGCGCACAGCAAACGGUUCCCAGGUCUCCGUGGGGCAUGUCGUUGGUUGGUUCAUUCUGAUCCUUGUGCUCCAAUUCAUUGCCCUGCUGCUUGGAGUGGCACUGCCCGUUGUGGUUGCUUUCCUGUUCGACAAGUACGGCCUGUCCCUCAGCUACUACAGCACUCCAGCACUGCUCAUCGGGCUGUACGUGUGCCCGAGCCUCAUUGGUCUCAGUUUCCCCUCCAUGAUCUACUUGAAGCUGCAGCGGGAUGGUAAAGUCUCCUAUGCCAAGCAACUGCAGCUGGUGCUCCAUGGACAUGCCACCAUCCUGGCCAUCAUCGGCAUUCUCCUGACCCUCUAUGGCCUGCGCUCCACCUACGUCGUCACCUGGACACUCGUCUUCUACGUCAUUCCCUUGGCCAUCAAUCUGCUGACCACGCUGCAUGAUCGCGGCUUUGCCUGGACGGCUGUCGUGAAGGCCAGCCAAGUCGUUCCCUUCCUGUACAACAGCUACCUCUUCUACACCUUCAUUGUGGUGCUCACCCCGAUGAUGGGUCGCUUCGGCAUGGCCUCGAAUCCGGAUAUCUACAUUUCUGGCUUGACUGCAUUGGGCACAGUGUUCUCGCUGGGUUUCUUGAUUCUGCUGGUGCAUCUGUCCCGCCGCUCUGGACUCAUUUUCUUCAGCCUGCUGGCGGUGACUGCCUUGACCGUGUACGUUGCCUCCUCCACGCAGAUUGGAUUUCCCUACCGCCCGAAGACCAACGUGGAGCGUGUACACUAUCUGCAAGCGCGUCGCGUGUUCUACGAGUACGAUGGAGCCAUCAGCAAGGAUGAGUCUGGCUACGUGUUUGACUUCCAGGACCGCCGUGGACCUGCUCCGCUGAAGGGCACCCGAGUGAACCUCACUGGCUUGGUCAGCAUGAAGUCCGACUGCGAGAAGUACAUGCUCUGCGGUGUGCCCCUCAACUACAAGACCAGCGAGAAGGCCCGCGUCAACGGCAUGUGGCUGCCCCGUGAGCAGCCCGUCGAAGUGCCUUCGGUGCCGGUUUUGGAGCUGCUCAGCAAGACUGUUCUGGCGGAUAACCAGACCGUGCGAUUCGAGUUUAGUCUGACGUGUCCCGAUCAGACGAGUCUGAUCAUUCAGCCCUACGCGGACGUGACCAUUACCAACUGGUCGUUCCUGGCCAGCCAGUUGCAGAGCAGCACCAGUCCGUACCUCAUUAACUUCUCGUAUGGCAUCGACAAUUCUCCGCUGAACAUUUUCAUGGAACUCAAGAAAUCCAAUGGCGACUUCAACGUGCCCAUCGUACAGGUGGCCGUCUCGGCGCUCUUCAUACAGAGCAAAGGUGACGAAGCGGCUGUGAAGUUUGCAGCAUCGUUCCCAUCCUAUGCGGUGGCCAUUCAGUGGCCGGCCAUUUAUCAACGAUACAUUUUCUAAGUGAUUGUAUCUGGAAUGAACAUUUUAUGUAUGCAAUGCCCCAUAAUGAGGGCUAAUUAAAUAC